AUGCAAAGGGACCCGGAGUACACCGACUACACGGAAGAGACGGCAGAAGAUGACUCCGUGGGGGCAGAGAACCAGACUGCCCGCAGUCAGGCUGCCCGCCCUGCAGGCAAAAAGUACAUUCUCAACUCCAACUUCAACGAACCCUCGCCCGAACACAAACAAACCCCCCCCACCGACUGGAUGCCCGAGAUCCUGCAGCAUGAGCACUGGCCGGACACACAGGACGCCUCUCAGGACCCCUAUUUGUCCUUGGGUGAAACAAACACGCUUGUGCGUCGCCAGGGCGGCGAUGAGGCCGCGUGGAGGAAGUACAAGGACAGCCGGUUCAGGGCCGGUUUACAGGCCUUGCCGACGCCGUCGCUGCCGCAGGACCCGCCCACGGUAGACACUUUUGGCCGCAGCACAGAGCAUUCGAUCAUCCCGUCGUCGCCGCUCAAGUUGUUUGGCAAGCAGGACACCUACACGACGGAGCGGUUUAGAGACAUGCUGAACAAGAUCGACGGGUCGGACGGCGCGCGCGCGGACGGCGACGGGUCGCCUGCGUCGGCGCGAUCAUCGUCGCACGCGUCGUUGCAGCUUUUGCUGCGAAACUCCGAGGAACUGUUUAAUAAGCUGAAAAACCGCACGCAGCCGGCACAGAACCAGGAGGAGAGCGACUACACGGACACAGACACGGCCGAGUCUGCUGUUUCUGCCGAGUCGGCGGUAUUCGACUCGCCGACGCCGUCGCGGCCCGACAUCACUGCGUCGCUCGAGCUGCUCAAACAGAAGCUCGACCUGAGCGUUUCGGGCGAGGUCGACAGGACGAUGUCUGUUCCAAAGAUAAAAAAACGCGACGAGCGGCCAGGAAUCAAGUUCAUCCCCGGCGAUGAGUUCAAGGGGAAGGUGUUUGACAAACGACUGAACAAGUUCGUCCCUGUCGAGGAGUACGUUCCGGACGGCGACGCCGACGGCGAGUCGAUCGACGCGUUCAACGAGAUCUCCGACCUCGACGACGAGAUGUCGUUUCUGCAGGCCAAGUCGCGGCUCGUCGCUGCAAUCACCGAGCAGUUCCCGUCCGAGGACUGGCUUCGCCUCGACAAGCUGUCUCUUGCCGCUCGCAGGCUCGACAAGCUGCGCGACCUCGACCGGUUCGUGCCGCAUCUGCGUGUGCUCGACGCGAGCGAAAACGAGCUCACGCACACAGAGGGCAUCCCAAAGUCCAUCCAGGUGCUCAAGGCCAGCGCCAACGCCUUCUCCAGCAUGAGCAUGUUCAAUUUUGACAACUUACAGGUUCUUGAGCUGCGCAACAACCGGCUCACCAACCUGCGUGGCCUGAAGCUGUACAAUCUGAGUGUGCUGGACGCGUCAUAUAAUGCAAUUGACAGCUUGCAAGGCCUGCAGAAUCUCAAGAUGCUCAAAAGUCUGAAGUUAGCGGGCAAUAAUCUCUCCGGGAGCGUUGAUUUUGCCGCCCUCGACAUGUUGCAGGACCUCGACGUGGACGAGAACAGUAUUUCGGACAUUUGCGGCCUUGACGGCCUGUCUGCGCUCACGUCAGUGUCUGCGAACCGCAACAAACUAGGUGGCUUCCGCUGCGGCAAUAGUUCAUUGCGUCGACUGUGUCUGAGCUACAACAACAUCAAGGAGCUGGACUUGGAGCCUUUGACGGAGCUGCGUGUGCUGAAAAUUGACCGCAACCCGCUGACGCGUCUUUCCGGCCUCUCAGACAAGCUUGUACAGGUUUCUGCCAAAUAUCUACAGUCGCACGCUAGCAACGACGUUCUUAUGGCGCCGCUCUACAGACUGCAGAAACUGAACCUUUGCGGCAGUCUUUUUCCAACCAAAGGCUCUCUCUCGAACAUCACGGUGCUCAAUCUGUCCGCAAUGAAUCUCGAGACGGUGCCCGACCUGGCCAAAUGGUUUCCGAUGCUGACGGACCUCGACCUCAAUUUCAACAAGAUCCACACUCUCUCGGGUCUUUCCGGACUGCGGUUUCUGCGCGAGCUCAAGCUGCUGAGCAACAGCAUCAAAGACCUGGCGUCUCUCGUGCCGCACACGCGCUCUUUCCGCAAGACGCUCAAGCUGCUGGAUUUGCGUGUGAACCCCACCACCCACGGGCUGUAUCCCUACGUUUUCUACGACGACGAGCCGGACGACGAGUCUGCUGCGGAGAUGACGCUAAAUCUGAAAGACCACGAAGACAUCGAGGCGUUCUCCGUGGAGUACACGAAACUUUACGAGAAGGACGCGAUGGAGAGCUGGACACAGAAAAACGCGGGCUAUGUCCAGGAGAUCGAGGAGUCGCGUGCAUUGGCGAGACGAACGUACGAGAGCACGCUGAUUGGCUGGUUCGAGAAUAUCAACUAUUUGGACGGGCUGUGGGUGAGCUACGAGAGACGCCAAAGAGAGCGCCGGCAUUUGAGGUACGAUUGA